GCAACUCAUUUUUAAAUGGCUUAAAGAAUAGACGGGCCGUCGAAAAAUCCGUGUGUGUAUAAAAUCGUGUAAAUUAAUUUAAAUAAAAUUCAUUUUUAGCAUUUUAAUAAAAUAUAAAAUAAUCAAACAAAAUAAUCUAUUUACCAUCUAUUAUUGUCUUUGUAUAUAUAAAAUAUCAAUAAAAAAAAAUACAUCUCUCUUGUGUACAGUUUUUUUUUUUAAGUAUUAAAAUUAUAUUGAGAAGAAAAAGAAAAGAAAAAAAAAAAAAGAAUCAAACAAAAGAGCUCUACGCCACAGCAAAGAAUUGAAAAUUUUUCAAAGAAAAAAAAAAUAACGUAACGACGACGAAAGAAAAGAAGUUAUUAUAACUUCUUGUGUUUUUUAUUUAACAAAUCCAAAAAAACGAUACCCCUUUUCGAAAAAAGAGACAAAAAAAAAGUAUUUUCUGCAAAAUUUUGAUCGAGUAGGAAAAAAAUUUGAAUAUUCAAUUUUUCCUCUUUUUUUUGUUUGUGUGCAGAUUAAAAAUAAAUUGCGGCAGUCGUCUUCGUCUUUCAAUACAUCGGUGUUAUCCAACAAAAAAAAAAAAGAAAAACGAAAGAAAAAAAAACCUGCGGAGGAAAAGCACGAAAGAAAAUAGACGUAAAACGACAAGCAAAAACGAGUCGAGCAAAAAGAGUCCCUGGACAGUGGCAGUGUUGAAAAAGAAGAACGAAAUAAGAACACAGGAAGAAGACAUCAUCAUUAUCGUCUUCGAAAGAGUAAAAGAAGAGAAAAGUGAAUAAGAAAACUUCUUUGAAAUUUGGUCAAAGAAAAAAUUUUUAUACCGCAAAUAAAUAAAAAACAAGUAAAAGCGAAAAAAAUAAACAAGGCAUUUUCUGGCAAACAUAAAAAAAAAGUGUUUUCUGCCACUCCUCUGUUCUCCGUUCUCGUGUCAGUCGUGCUUCGUCGUGGAAAAACCGUGAAAAUUUUUGGCCAAAAAGAAUAACAAAAAAUAUUAUAAUCCUUUUUGUCUUCUCUCGUUUUCGGUAAAUCCAGAGAAACAACGUUUUUCUCCGUCGAUCCCUCGUUGUUGUUCGUUCGCUCAGUACUUUGCUCUCUCUAAACCACACAUAUAUUUUAUCUGUGUGUGUGUAUAUUUGUGCAGUUUUGUUUGAAAAAGUCCGCAAAGAAUAACAUUGCUUUUUGUACUCUUCUAAUACAUAGCUCAUUUUAAGUGCAUACUCUUCUCACUAAUAGAUUUGGACGAAGAAGAAAAAAAAAAUAAAAUAACAACCCGCGAAGAACCAAUCUUGCUUGAAAAAAAAAGAAAAAAUCAAAACGAAGAGAAGGACAAACAAAAAAUAUAGUGUGUAUCGUAUUUGUAUUAUAUAUAUGUGUGUGAGAAGAAAUUGCCGUUGUUGUCGCCGCUAAAAGAAAAAGAAAAACAAUUUUUGCUUGUGUAUUGAAAAAUCAUCAUACAGUUAAUUUUUUGACAUUUCUUAUAAAAAAAUUUUUUGUUGUUUUUUUUUUUUUGUAAAUUAUCGAACCCCCGUUGUGUAUAGUUGUAAAUAGAACUUAAACUUAUAGAAAAAAACAAUUUGAUCGUGUAAAUUAUAUUUAAAAACAUAAAAAAAAAAAAAAUCAAUUUGUUUUGUUAAUUUAAUAAUAAUAAUAAUAAUAAAUACAAAAAAAGAAGCAUUGAUUUGUUUUAUUGAACGUUUUAUAGAGUAUAGUAGUCGUCGUCAUUUGUGUAUAUGAAAUUGUAUUGCAUGUGGUGAAAAUUCAACGAGAGGAAAAAUCAAUUUUUUCUUUCUGUCAAAAUAUAAUAAGAAGCAAAAAAGAAAUAUCUUAAAUAAUUGUCGAAAUUUUUUCAAUAAGAGAAAAAUAAAGAAAAAAAAAAAUAAUUUGUUGUGCAUUGCUGUGUUGUGCGCGGUAGAUUUUCUUUUUUGUCCAUUUUGUACCAAUAUAUAUAUAUUAUAUGUACAUAAUUAUUAUCUUUGUGAAUCUUCCAAAUACGACGAAAGAUAGAAUUUAUUAGAAGAAAAAAGUGUGAAAAAUUAAAAAAAAAAAAGAAGAAAAAUAUUUAAUUUGCCGCAUAUAAAAAUAAUUAUAAUACACUGUCAGUUUUUUGUAUACUGCAAGUGUAGUAGAAGAAAAAAAAAAAAAAAAACAAAUCGAGGGAAUUCAAUCAAUUUUAUAUUUGGAGAGAAAUUAUUAAAAAGGACAACAAGAAUAAAUAAAAGAAAAUAUCUUAAACUCAACAUCAAUAAAAUUAACUUUGAGAUCAAUUUAUUAAAAGAAUCAAUUAAACAAAUCUAUUCGAUAUAAACAAAUCACUUUUAACGGUGCGAUCAAUUUUCCAAUUUUGUGAAAUUCGGUUUCUGACUUCGAUUUCGCGUUUUUUUUUUUGUGUAAUUCGUCGAAAAGUUCGUCGCGUAACACGCGCAUUCGUAAACAAGAACAAAAUUUUGUACUACAAGUGAAUCCAAAUAAACGAAAAAAAAAAGAUAACAAAGGCAAACAAAAAUAUUGCAACAAUAUAAGCAAAUAAAAAUAUAAAAAAAGAUCUCUUAAAGUAUUUCUUGUGACACACGUUCAAUACAAAGCCGUCAAAAUAGAGCUGUUAAGCAGUACCAACAAUUACCCCUCGAUCUCAAUUUCGACCCACCAUCACAAUCAUCCACAACAGCAACACAUGAAGUUACUGGGCGGUAAUGAUGACCGGAUUGUACGGGAACAGCCUGUACGUUCCCAAGACGAUGCCGCUGUUGGAUAUGUUUUCCAGCGACAGCCUCAACAUGAAGCAGAAUACGCUGCACAAUUUGCUCAGAAGCAAGCUAGAUGGGCUUGUGGUGAUGAGCAUUCCAUUGAUAAUCCCGAUAAAUGGAAAUACAAUCCGCCAAAUCCCAUGAACUCAACAAACGCGGUGCCCGGUGGUGGUGGAAUUGGACCAGUUGGCCCUAUCGGUAUGGGUGGCGGAAUGGGUGGAGGUGGUAAUAUGGGCAAUAUGGGUAAUAUGGGAAAUAUGGGCACUAAUGGUGGCCUCCAUCAAAUGCCCAAUGUUGGUGGUGGUAAUGGUGGGAUGAAUGUUGCAAUGCAACAAGCAGCAGCAGCUGCUGCUGCCAAACAUCAGCAAAUGAUUAACCAACACCAACAGCACCAGCAACAACAACAACAACAACAACAGCAGCAACAACAACAACAACAACAGCAGCAGCAGCAACAACAACCGCCGCAUCCAUCGCAUCAGCAAAUGCAGAAUCAUUUAGGCGCCCCAAAUCAUCUCAAUUCGAAUAUAUUGAAUCAUGCUCUAAAUAAUCAGGCAGCAGCUGCUGCUGCGGCCGCUGCAGCAGGUAUGCAAUUGCAGAUGCCACCUGCCAUGCAAGGCAAUAUCUACGAUCAUGUGCAUCCGGGUGUAAAUAUGAAUGGUGUUGGAGUGCCUAAACCGCCUCAGGGUGCUGAGCAAUUAGUUUAUUUGGGCGGGCAGCCACACAUGGGAAUGAUGCCGCAAAAUCAAUAUAUGACAGCAGCUAAUCGCAAUGCAGCAGCCAUAACAACAUCAACUGCAAAGAAAUUAUGGGAAAAGUCAGAUGGUAAAGGGCCAAAUGGUGGUGGUGUGUCUGCGGGACCAUUAAAUCCAUUGCAUAUACCUGGAGUUGCCGAUCAUCCAGUGUGGAAGGAUUCAACAUGGUCGACACAGGGCGAAAAUAUUUUAGCACCGCCAAGACCGAGGACAUUUCCUCAAGCUCCGGACUCGAAUUCAACCGGAAAUGCUGGAAUAUUGAGUCCUCGAGAUUCAACAAGCGGCUUAGGUGUAAAAAUGGUUGAAUACGUACUUGGUGGUUCUCCUACAAACAAAGAGAGUCCAUUGUCAGGUUUGGAGCCUCGCUUGCGAGCAUUGAAAUUUGAUGACAAUGAUAAGAAUCAUGAUGACAAAGAAAAGGCUAAUUCUCCGUUUGAUACAAAUGGCUUAAAGAAGGACGACCAAGUUACCACAACAAAUGGUGUUGUUGUCAACGGAAUCGAUGAUGACAAAGGGUUCAAUCGCACUCCCGGCUCCCGUCAACCAUCACCAGCCGAAGAAUCUCUACCAAGACCACCCACACUACUUGAUCCUUCACAACAUGGCUUUCCACCACAUCCCCUGCAUCAUAUGCUUGGUUCAAUGGACCAUCAACAAGGUCCUGGACCUCAAAUGAAUUCUUAUCCGCAUCAUCAGAUGCCACCGAUGAAUCAAUUGCAACCUCCAGUUAUGAAUGGUGUUGGUGGUAUUCAAAUGGCACAGAGUCCAAUGAUGAAUCAUCAAGGUCAGCGUCCAAAUCAAAUUGAAUCUCCAGCAAAUUUACUUCAACAACAGCCCCCUAACUUCGAUGUACAGCAACUAUUCAGAUCACAAAAUCCUGGUUUAGCAGCAGCAACAAAUGCAGCAGCUGUUGCUGCAGCGGCUGCGGCUGCUUCAUCGGGGGCGCCCGGAGCACCAAAUGGCACACCAAUGCAACCGCAACCAAUGCCUAUGCCAUCACAGCAAUUUUUGGCCGCACAACAAAAUGCUUAUGCGGCGCAACAAGCCGCCCCCUAUGUUAUAAAUCCAGGACAGGAUGCUACGCCGUAUAUGGGUCUGAUAGCGGCACAAAUGCCACAAUAUUAUGGAGUUGCACCGUGGGGCAUGUAUCCGGGCAAUCUAAUACCACAGCAAGGAUCACAGCCACGAAGGCCUUUAACUCCAUCCCAACAAGGUGCUGAAAAUCAAUCUUAUCAGGUUAUACCAGCAUUUUUUGACCAGAGUGGUUCACUUGUGAUGGGACCACGAACAACUACACCAAUGCGCCUUGUUAGCCCAGCACCAGUGCUAGUACCACCAGGUGCCGCAAGAGCUGGACCACCUCCACCACAAGGUCCACCACAAUUAUAUCCACCGCAACCACAGGCCGCUCAACAGAAUCUCUAUUCACAACAAAAUGGUUCAAAUGUUGGAGGUGGCGGGUUAUUCGCACCCCAAGCAUUUAGCGGAGGUCUUGGUACCUUGGGGAGCCCCGCACAGCCUACAGGUUUGGCAUUGAACACAUCAUCGUUGACAACCCGUCGGGACUCAUUUGACCGAAAUACAUCGGCCUUCAGUCCUUCAAUGGACUACAGUACGAGUACAGUAGCAGCUACAGCAGUUUCAUCAUCUGUUGCAGCGGCUGCUGCUGCCGCAGCUGUAGCAAGAAAAUGGCCAGUCAGCGGCUAUGGCAACCUCGGCUCUGUGGGCAAUGCAUCGGCCAGUCCAAUUGGUGCCCCAAUCACACCUCCACCUGAAUCUUGCCUGGUCGCAAAUCGUGCACCUGGUGCUGAGACCAAAUAUCGCAAUCAAAUCUUGGUCGGUAUUGCUGGACAAAAUAUGUUCGGUUCGAACAGUUCGCUAUUCUCUAAACACUUGGGCAUUCCGGGCGCUACAGCUGUUGCUGCUGCUGCUGCCACAAAUGCAGCUGCAGCUGCCCGACAAUCAGCUGCCAUGGCUGCAGCUACAGCCGCAGCUGGAGCAGCUGCUGCUGCCGCAGCUGGCGGUGUUAAUGGUGAACGUCCACCCGGUCGAUCAAGAUUACUCGAAGACUUCCGCAAUCAGCGCUAUCCAAAUCUACAAUUGCGUGAUCUGACGAAUCAUAUUGUUGAGUUCUCCCAAGAUCAACAUGGCUCACGAUUCAUUCAACAAAAACUGGAACGUGCUACCGCCGCAGAAAAACAAAUGGUUUUCAACGAAAUUCUUGGUGCCGCCUAUAGCCUUAUGACAGACGUAUUUGGCAAUUAUGUUAUACAAAAAUUCUUCGAAUUCGGCACUCCCGAACAAAAGAACACACUGGGCAUGCAAGUUAAGGGACAUGUAUUGCCAUUGGCAUUGCAAAUGUAUGGAUGCCGAGUGAUACAGAAGGCUCUGGAAAGCAUUACACCCGAACAACAGCAAGAAAUCGUUCGAGAGCUAGAUGGUCAUGUGCUGAAAUGUGUCAAAGAUCAGAAUGGCAAUCAUGUUGUACAGAAAUGCAUUGAAUGUGUUGAACCAAGUGCGUUGCAGUUUAUCAUAAAUGCUUUUAAGUCUCAGGUUUAUUCAUUAAGUACACAUCCGUAUGGUUGUCGGGUGAUUCAGCGUAUAUUGGAGCACUGCACAACAGAACAAACAUCACCAAUAUUGGAGGAAUUACAUGAGCAUACGGAACAACUGAUACAGGACCAAUAUGGCAAUUAUGUUAUACAGCAUGUUCUUGAACACGGUAAACCAGAAGACAAAUCCAUUCUUAUAAACAGUGUACGCGGCAAGGUUUUAGUCCUGUCACAGCAUAAAUUCGCUUCGAAUGUCGUAGAAAAGUGUGUAACGCAUGCAACACGCUCUGAACGCACUGGACUAAUCGAUGAAGUCUGUACAUUCAAUGACAAUGCCCUCCAUGUCAUGAUGAAAGACCAAUAUGCAAACUAUGUGGUUCAAAAAAUGAUUGAUGUCUCUGAACCAACACAGCUUAAAAAACUAAUGAAUAAAAUUCGCCCUCACAUGGCUGCUCUCCGAAAAUACACUUAUGGCAAACACAUCAAUGCCAAACUGGAGAAAUUCUUUAUGAAAUCCUCAAAUCCUAUACAACCGGCAACUGCUGUCGUCACAACAUCUGUAGCAGUUCCAUCAAAUGCUAUGAUCACAGAAAAUGGCAUGACUCCGAUUGCAGUUACAGCCAAUUCCUCGGCAACUCCAUCGGUGUCUUCUGUGAUGUCUUCGUCGGCAUCAUCAACUCCAUCAUCGGUAUCAGUAGCUGUUGCUUCAGCCAAUAAUGGCAGUGGAUUGGGACCAAUUGGUCCACCAACUAUUGCCACAGCAAAUGGUGUCAUGUAAAAAGGAAUAAAAGAGGACAUCUAAUAACACUUUUUUUAGACUUAGGAGUCUUAUAUAAAUAUGCAAAAAAAUCUACAACCAACCAACACACACAUACAUUUUUUAAAGAUUUAAAGGAAGCGCAAGGAGCAUUUUUUUAAAUUUUUUUUAUCAUCAACGACUUUAUAUAAUCAUUUGUUUUUGUUUUUUAUUUAAUUUAAAAAUCUUUACUUUAAUAUUUUUGUCAAUGUUUCAUUUUUCUUUGUGUAAAUUAAGUAUAAGUAAAAAUUCAUGUAGUGAAGAGAGAAAAAUAUAUAUUUAAAUGUAAAAUGAAUUAACAACCAUUACACACACACACAUUAACAAAGCAAACAAUAUAUAAUUCUUCGUUUUAAUUAAAAUAUUUAAUCAAUAUAACUUUGUAUGUAAAAUAAAAAAAAACAAUGUCUGACUAUAUAAAAAAAAUACCUAGCUUAUAAGUUGUAUCUUGUCUUGUAACUUAGUUUUAAUUUUAUUUUAAUUUUUAUUUCAAUUCAUAGACUUUUUCGUGUACAAUUAUGUAUUUUUAAUUUUUUUUUUAUUAUUAAUUUGUUCUUUUUUGUAAUACAAAAACAAAUCUACAUCAUAUUAAACUAUACAUAUAAAAACAAAUAUUUAUCAAAUGAAAAUAAUAAAAGUUUUUUGUUUUAAUUUAUAAUUUUAAGGAAUUUUUAUUAUAAAAACAACCUAUGUGUGUCGUCACCCUCGCCCUCUCUAUCGCUGCGUGCCUUGUGUGUUCUUAAUUUCUUUAAACAAAAAUUCAAAAUAAAAAAAAAAAGAAAAUCUAUACAAAAAUUUUUAACGUUUUUCACGUUCUAUGGCUACAUAAUAAUAUAGUAAUUUAGAAAAGUCACACAAUUUUAUUCUUUAUUUUGUUUUGUCGUAUUUUUGUCGUAAGUGCAUGCAUGCAAGCUCAUUAAUUAUUAUUAAUUUAAUUAUAAUUUUUUUUUUCUCUAACAAUAUACGAUUUUUAUUGGUGAUGAAAAAAAAAAUAUAAAUAUAAUUAAUUUAAAAAAAAGGAAAUUUUAUGUAAAUUAGUGUAAUUUUUGUAUAGUAACAAAAUAAUUAAACAAACAAAAAAAAAAACAAGAAACAAAACUGCCUUUUAACAAAUUAACAAUAAAUAAGAUGAAAAAAGAAAAAAAAAACAUUUUUUGUAUAAAAGAAAAACUCCUGUAAACAUUUUGUAAAAAAAAAAAAAAAACAAAGAAUAACAUGGACAAGAAACGGAAGAGACACAUUUUUUCACUCUUAAAAGAGAAUUUACUUCUGCAAAUUAUGAUAUAAUUCAUAUAAAUUAUUUUUUUUU